UCAGUCUAAGUAACAUAUAUUCAACUUUUGAAUAACCUUUUCGCCCAUAAGUAACCUCAAAUCUCCCUAAUGAGGUCAUAUUUGGUGGGUGGUAGUGGCCAUUCAAGCGUCAAAGUUCAAACUCUAAAAUUAAGGUAGACUUGAGAAGUUUUUUAAGUUAGGAACAGCUAAGCCUUAAUAUUGAUAAUUUUCCUUCCAUUUUUUAAGGAGUAGGUAUUCCUUAAUUCUUUGCUAAUGUAAAAGGAAAAUUAAGCAUUAAGACUUAGCUAUUCUUAGCUCCCUCUAUGGAAGUUUAACAACUUUUAGCUUGUCUUUAUAGUUUGAUUUUGACACCAACCAAAGAAGAUCAAUUUCAGGAAUUACUUCUUCUGCACCUUCUACCAACUGACCAUGGCUGCAGCAACGGGGCAAGUGCAAAUGUUAGAUGUUAGUGUUUUGGGACCCUAUCAACUCAAUACUAUUGAGUGCAAUUUGGAAGGAAGAGAAAAGGAACUUGCGCUUGUGCCAGUUCCUUCCUUUGAAUUGUCCCACUCCACCAAACAGAAUCUCACUUUUAGAAUAAAAUCUCACAAAAAGCACUUAAACUACAUAUGAGUAAAGGGAUAAUCAAGUAGCUACUGAAAAAUUUGUUUUGAAUAUUAGAUUCAUGAAUCUUCUCAUUCUUUGUCAUUAUUUCUUUCUAUUAUUGUUACUGUGUAGCAAAGCAUUAUUUUCCUGUAACAUUGCAUAACUCCAAAAAUGAAUUAAGCACAAAAUCUGAGAACUUCACUAAUAUCUGGAUUUGUUACAGAUUCCCCUAUCAGGAACAGAAAGCAAGGCUGAAUCAGGAAGAAUAAUAAACUGAUUUCUCAAGA